AUGGGUAAACUCAUCCGACUUGAGUUGUACAAUUUCAAAUCGUACAAAGGCCACCAUGUCCUCCUCUUUGGCGAUGCAUAUUUCACCUCCAUCAUCGGUCCGAAUGGAUCGGGCAAGUCAAAUGCGAUGGACGCCAUCUCUUUCGUCCUUGGAAUCAAAUCCUCCCACCUGCGAUCAGCACAUCUCAGAGAAUUGGUGUACCGAGGACGCGUCCUGCGCAAAUCUACUGCGAAUGGGGAGGCACAAACAAAUGGCGCUGAUGGACCUGAAGGACUGGACUCCAGUCAAGUCAGUGGCACUCAAGAACGCAACGAUCCGAAGUCAGCCUGGGUCAUGGCUGUUUAUGAGGAUGAUGCAGGAAUUGAGCAAAAGUAUAAGCGCACAAUUACCCAUCAAGGCGUCUCAGAGUAUCGCAUAAACGAGAGCAUUGUGACUGCUCAACAGUACAACGAGUCACUGGAGGAAGAAAACAUUCUUAUCAAAGCUCGCAACUUUCUGGUCUUUCAGGGCGAUGUUGAGGCUAUCGCGAUUCAGAAGCCUCAGGAUUUGACCCGACUGAUUGAACAAGUCUCGGGCAGUCUGGAAUUCAAAGCCGAUUAUGACAGAUUGAAGGCAGAACUGGAUGAGGCUGCUGACAAACAAACUUUUCAGCUCAAUCGCCGCCGAGGUAUCAAUUCGGAGAUACGACAAUAUCAGGAACAAAAGCGAGAGGCGGAUAAUUUCCAAAAGAAAGCGGCUGAACGCGAUGAGGCAAUUGUCACGCAGGUCUUGUGGAAAUUGUAUCACCUGCAACGCCAGAUCGAAGAGUCCAGUGCCGAGAUUCAGAAGCAUCAAAAUGAGCUCAAAGAGUUCCGUCGAGGCAUUGAGAAGUAUGAGCGCAACCUCGAAGCUGCGAAGAAGGACCAUGCACAAGCGGCACGUGGUGUCGGCAAGGCCGAGAAGGCGAUUAAGGCCAAAGAAAGGGAAAUCGAAGAUAAAACUUCGUCGUUAAUUCCGGUUGAUGAACAAAUCUCAGUCUCCAUCAAGCAACUCACCAGAUAUGCCAAUCGGGUGAACGCAAUAGUCAAGGAACGAAGUACGCAGGCCGCAACAGUCGCACAACUGGAGAAAGAUCUCAAUAGGGUCGAGAAGGCGCAAGCCCAAUGGCAGAAAGAAUGGGAACAGAAUACCAGUCGGCUGGGCGGCCAGUUGAGUGAUGCGGAUCUUCAACAAUAUAGCCGGCUUCGAGAAGAACUCAACAAACGCGCUUCGGCGGAUUUGAGCAGAGUGGAGAGGCUGAAGAACGACCGAGCUCCCGUUGAGGCGACCUACAACAACCUCAAGAAUAGUGUGGAAAGCACUGAAUUCAAAUUGAAGUCAUUGGAAAACGAGUAUCGCGCUCUCAAUGAGAGGCGAGAUGCUGUCAAAGAAGCUGUCCAACAAAGCCAGGUCGAGAUCGAUGUAAAGAAGAAAGAGCUCAAUGCUGCCACGUCUAAGCGGCUGCAAGCAGCCCGAACUCGGACUGAGCUCGAUGAGAAGCUCGCCGAGGUGGCUCGAAAGCUUCUGGAAGCGGACGAUGGCCGUCGCACAAGUGAGAAGGAGACCCGAAUGAAAGAGACUAUUGUCAUGCUUAAGCGCACUUACCCCGGCGUGAAGGGCCGUGUGCAUGAAUUGUGCAAGCCAAAGCAGAAAAAGUACCAAGAAGCGGUUAGCACUGUGUUGGGUCGCCACUUUGAUGCUGUUGUGGUUGACACCGAAGCAACCGCGAAACAAUGCAUUGAAUAUCUACGAGAUCACCGAUCGGGUCAGGUGACAUUCAUUCCCCUCGAUACGAUCCAAGUCAAAGCACUCUACUCGAAUCUCAAAGGAAUGCAUCGUGGCAUGCGUCCUGCGAUCGAGGCAGUCGAUUACGAUCAGUCCGUUGCGCGAGCGAUAUCAUAUGCAUGUGGUAAUGCAAUUGUCUGUGAUGAUUUGAAUAUUGCCAAAGAAUUGUGCUACGUUCGACACGUCGAUGCAAAGGCUGUCACUCUAGACGGCAAUGUCAUUCACAAAGGUGGCCUAAUGACUGGUGGUCGCGGUAGGGAACAGAACACUCGAAGAUGGGACGAGGCCGAAGUGGAGAGACUUAACAAACUCAAGGAUAAAUUGAUGGAAGAAUUUGCCGAUCUGCCGCAAGAGAGAACUCGGAUGGCUGAGGAACAAAGUCUACAAACAGAACUGAGUGGUCUUGAGAACCGACUCCGGUUUGCCAGAGAAGAACUCGACACCUUGAACAAGAAUCUCCAAAGCCAGAAACGGGAAGUCGAUCACGUUAAGCAGCAGCUGAAAGAAGAACGACCGAAGAUGUUGACGGAGCAAGGCAAACUCGAGAAGAUUGACGAGGACAUUUCUGAUUAUCAAGAUUCCGUGAACAAUGUGGAGAACGAAAUCUUUGGCGAAUUCUGCCAGCGCCUUGGCUUUGAUGACAUCCGGGACUACGAGGCCCGGCAAGGUUCACUUCAGCAAGAGACCGCUCAAAGAAAACUCGAAUUUGUCACACACAAGGGUAGAAUCGAGGGCCAACUCAGUUUCGAACGAACCAGACUCCAAUCGACCGAUGACCGCCUCCAAGCACUCAGGGAUAAAGAGCAACAUGACAAGGAGACGAUUGAUGAACUGAAUGAACAACGACAAGGUAUUCAAGACGACCUUGACACACUCAAGAACGAGCUUGAUGAACUCCAUGCUCAACUGGCUGAGCAGAAAGAGUUGCUGAGUGAAGCUGGUGAAGUGUUAACGAGGCAGAAAUACGAGGUUCAAAAAAGAGCCAAAGAGAUGGAAAACACUUUCAGAGCCAUCAGUUCUUUGGAGGGAGAAAUGCAACGCUAUUCUUCAACACGAUACAGUCUCCUCCGACGGUGCAAGAUCGAAAAUAUUGCAAUACCGCUUACAAAUCGGUCAGCGACCUUAGAAAGUGUACCAGUCAACGACCUGCCUCUUGAAGAUGCUGACAAUAUGGACGUUGAUGAAGAUGAUCCGACCUCUUCUGCUCUGAAGAAUCACACAGUCACUGACUAUGGCGUCGAACCAGACUUUGAUAUUCUAGGUGACGACCUCAAGGAUGAAAACAGCGACGCAAUGGAAGCCAAACUACAGGAAGAUAUCGCCAAGUUGAAUGCCGCAUUGGACAAAAUGCAGCCCAAUGCUCAUGCAGCACAGCGUCUCGCUGCUGUCGAAGCCCGCGCUCGCGACACCGAACAAGAAUAUGAGGACUCCCGAACGCGGUACCGCGAGCUCAAAGCCAAAUUCGAGGAUACCAUGGAACAACGUAAUGAGCUCUUCAAUAAAGCCUUCUCCCACAUCUCCGAGCAGAUCGAACCCAUCUACUCCAACCUGACAAAGUCUGACGAAUUCCCGGCCGGUGGUCGCGCCUAUCUCACCGCCGAUGAGGAAGAGCCGUAUCUUGCUGGCGUAAAUUACCACACCAUGCCUCCUACUAAGCGCUUCAGAGACAUGGAGCAUCUCUCUGGUGGAGAGAAAACCAUGGCUGCGUUGGCCUUGCUUUUUGCCAUCCACAGCUAUCAGCCCAGUCCGUUCUUCGUGCUUGACGAGGUCGACGCCGCGCUGGACAACGCCAACGUCGGCAAGUUGGUCAACUAUGUGCGAAAUCAUGCUGGCCCUGGAAUGCAAUUCAUCGUCAUCAGUUUGAAGACAGGUUUCUUCCAGGGCAGCGAAGCUUUGGUCGGUGUCUAUAGAGACCAAGGCGCGAACAGUUCCAAAGUCUUGACGCUCGAUCUGCGCAAGUAUGCGUGA